CCAGGAGCCCCAGUGCCCAGGGCCAUUGAUGGAGUAUGCCCCUCAUCUCCUCGUGGCUCUGCUCUUCCAAGUGUUCAUCACCACAGAGCAGAUGUCAGAGGAGGUCGACAGCUUCUGGAGGGGAUGCCGGGAGCAACACGACCUUCCCACUGACCCCAACAGGUUUGCAGUGCUGAGCAUGAAGGCCCUGCUGUGCUGCCUGCACUGCGAGGAUGUGGUGUGUUCAGUGGAACACAGUCGUGGCUGGGCGAGGCUCCUCAAUGCUCGCAGCCGCCGCUACGCAGUGGCUCUGCUGGCCAGGGAGAUGCGCCGUGUGUCCAGCCCCCUGUGUUCCCGCAUCACACUCCACCUGCUGGAGCUGCUGAACAGGGAGGAGCCGUGCUGGGACCUUGCUGCCAUGGCAUUCCUUGUGGAGGUCCUGGACUGCCUGGACACCAGAGAGUGCGGUGACAGGGUCCUGGAGAUCCUUUCAAGGAACCUGGGGAGCACGGACAAAAAGUGGCGUCAGCUGGGGCUCAGAGUCCUCAUAGCACUCAGCCAGGAUCCCGUGAUGGACAAGGGCCUCUGGAGCCUGUUGGACAGCCUGGUGCAGCUCCUGGGGGAUGAAGACAGAGAUACGGUCUGGAUGACCCUCUCUGUGCUGGACAAUGUGCUCUGGAGCAGUGUCUGGGCACAGCUGCAGAAGAGGGUCCAGAGCAAAGACCCCCCAAUAUCCACCCCCACCGGCCUGAAGUUGGCUGAGGCGCUCCGGCCACUCUUUGACCAC